GAAGAAUAAAGAAGAUGAAAUAUGUCAUAUUUUACGUCAAAAGUCAAAAUAUUUUUCAAAUUAAAAUAAAAUUGGGAGAUUUUAAUUAUAUAUCCGAUUGUAAGUAAUUUCCUUAUCGAAGAAUGAGUAAUAUGUAUUAAAAUAUGUAAAAUAUAAUUAAGGAGAUUUUGAUAACCGAAUUAUACAAUGCGAGCCGUUUUAAAGAUGAUACGUUUUCUACUUUUUAUAGUAAAAUUACUACUAGCAGCACUGAUAUUUACCAUAUUAGGUUUUGGAAUUCUUAUACCACUUUAUUAUUUUUACUUAAAACGAAAAUAUAGGGUGGAUAAGUUAAAAAAUUUGUCUAAUAAACUAAGGGUGGGCAUAUUCCACCCUUAUUGUAAUGCAGGUGGAGGCGGUGAGAAAGUUUUGUGGGUAGCAAUUCAAGCUUUACAGAAAAAAUACCCUAAAGCUGAAUAUUAUGUGUACACUGGAGAUGUAGAAGUAACACCAGUAGAAAUACUGGACAAAGUUAGAAAUAGGUUAAAUGUUAAACUAGACAAAGAUGUCAAAUUUAUUUACCUACACAGAAGGAAAUGGGUUGAAGCUGAUAAAUAUCCGUAUUUUACACUUCUGGGACAAGCAUUGGGGUCUAUAUAUUUAGGAUUUGAAGCAUUGAGCUUGUUUAAUCCAGAUAUCUUUAUAGAAACAACAGGUUUUACUUUUGUUUUACCCAUAUUCAAGUACAUCGGAGGUUGUAAAACGGCCUGCUACAUUCACUAUCCAAUUAUAACCAACGAAAUGUUAAAGAGGGUGUCAAAUAGACAAUCUCUUUACAAUAACAGAGGAAUCAUAGCCAGAAGUCCUGUUCUGACUAUGGGAAAGCUGAUAUAUUACCAUAUAUUCGCUUGGGCAUAUUCCUUGGCAGGCCAAAGUUCCGAUAUAACUCUAGUCAAUUCUACUUUUACUCUGGAACAUCUGAAUACUCUUUGGAAUCGCAAUCUUCAUCUAGUUUAUCCACCUUGCGAAACGGACCAAUUGAAAAGCAUUGAGAAGGACCCAACGCGUCCUAAAAACAUUAGGAUUAUGUCUUUAGCGCAAUUUAGACCUGAAAAAGAUCAUCCACUACAACUACAAUCGUUGUAUGAGCUUAGGGAAAUAGUUUCUGAAGAAAUGUUUAGUAAUAUAACAUUGGUUUUAUGUGGAAGUUGUAGAAAUUCAGAUGAUAACAGACGAGUUAAAGAUUUAAAAGACUUUAGUAAACAUUUAAGUCUUGAAAACAACGUGGAAUUCAAAGUCAACAUGUCUUAUAGAGAGUUAUUUGAAGAAUUUAAAAAUUCUUACAUAGGUAUCCAUACGAUGUUAGAUGAACAUUUCGGUAUCAGCGUCGUCGAGCAAAUGGCGGCUGGAUUAAUAAUGGUAGCGCAUCGUUCUGGAGGUCCUUUGUUAGAUAUUAUUGAAACUUCGGAAGGAUCGCGACUGGGAUUUUUAGCGCAAACUCCUGAUGAAUUCGCGCACAUUAUUAAAUUUAUUUUACAUCUAGAUCAAGGGGAAAUUAGUGAAAUUCGAGAUAAAGCUAGGGCUUCUACUGAAAGGUUUAGUAAUGAGAAGUUUCAUGAGGAAUUUCUCAGGGCUUCUGAACCACUUUUUAAGUAAAACUUAAAUGUUUAUAUGUAUAAAUGUUUUAAGAAUAAAGUGUGAUAUAUCUUAUUAUAGAUUGUUUUUUGAUUAAUAUACAGUCCACUCUACCUUCUAACUUUUUGAAUUGAUAAAUCUAAAGAACGAAAGUUGGGAUAUAUAAAUUAUUGAGUUUUCAUUUAAAAUAAUAAGACUUACUUACUCUCUAAACGUCAAAACAGCAACUACUACUUGGAAUUACUUGUUCAAUUCUUUUUAAAACCCUUAAUGUAAAUAAUUUACAAAAAUUUUCCAAAAUAAUUACAAUAAUAUGGUAACCUUGCGCUAGCUUCACUGCAGAAGUUGCGUCUUCUUUGGUCUUCUCUGUUGGUCGGCCAUAACUACCCUUUGCUCUCUGAGUGUCACAUCUCAUCAUCCCCUGAUCCUUGACCUUCCUGGAAGAUACAGACAGACACAGACAAACACAGAGAGACACGGACAGACACAUACAGACAGACAUAUACAGACAGACACAUACAAACAGGCACAAACGGAUUCAGGGGACCCCAAAACGUAAAAAUCCGUCGA